UGUGAUUGGCAGGCGAGGUGGGGAGCAAAGGAGAGCUCAUAGGAUCUGAUAUGUCCGCCAUCUUGAAGUGUCGGUGAUGGUGGCGAGCGCUCGUUUUCCCGUCUGAGUCGAGGCAGACCGGGACCCGUGACUGGGAGACGCGCUCGCCGAGGAAGAAAUCUACUUCAUCUUAACCUAAUUCAGUCCUGCUAAUCUGCUAAUAUUGUAGAUUGAAAGAUUUUGCUGUUGCCAGGAUAUCCUGUAAUGGGCAAGGAGCCACAGAGAAUACAAAUCGUUUUGUUUUCUUAACCUUUUUAAAACUUUUGUUAACAGGGUUCCUGGACUUCCCCUUUUGGCACAUUUUACGGUGUUUAUUUUUCCUUAUUCCAAGGGACCUGGGCUCCUGUUGGAAAGUGAUGGAAUAAUCUCUGCUCGGCACCUGCCAUGUUGAGGGAGCACCCCUAACACAGCUUGCCUGGGAGACAGUUUGUGAAAUAACGCAGUAACAUGUUUGCAGUAGUAUGCCUUUUCUCUUAUUAUCCAUUGUUAAAUUGAUUUUGAAUGAAAUUAUUGAAACAGAUUUUGAAAGGACGCUUGGGUGAGUGUCUCUUCCUCAGUCAUUGCAAAGGGAUUUAUGUCUGGAAUUCUUAACACUAAUAGCUGCUACUUCCAAAGCUCCAACUUGUAUUAAUGGGGGGGGGCGGGGGAGUAUGGUAGUUGAUCCUAUGUAAUAGGAUCGAAAUAUAUAUUUGCUGUUGGGUCAACAAAACACCUGUUGUUUGUCCAUAGUAAAUGGUUGUGCAGCUGUAACAACAAAUAAGCCAAUGUUUUUGAAAACAAUUAUAUAAUAAACUUAAAUCAAAUUACAAGCUAACACAUCUAUUGUAAAUAAAAUCAAAUGUAUGGAUUCUGACUACUCUUGUAAACUUACUAAUUUAACUGGUAGGUAAGAUUGUUCUGUCUAAUUGAUUCUUAACAUCUUAUUUGUACUUCCUUUUUAAUUCUUGCAUGGGAGUCAGAUGAUUCAAAAUGAUAGUAUAUGUAAAAUUAAAACUUUAUUUACUCCUUUCCCGUAUCCGUUUCAGUGACCCCAAUACGUUUUGUAUCCUUGUUUAAAAAAAAUAAAUAAAAAAAAUUGUUGGAUGCGCUAAACAAUUUUAAGAUUAAUAUGGGGUGUUUAAGAGAUUUGCAUGAUACACUGGAAAACAAUAGUACCCUGGCUAAAUAUAUUUAAAAUAGGCAUGGUGUAAACACAAAACCUUUAUUGUAAUGUAAUUGUAGUAGUAACACCUAAUGACCCUGUUAUGCUAGGUGUUGUGAAAACAUAUUUGCCUUGAUAUAUACACUGUGAUGCUGAACUCUGACACUUUGUGUCAGCUAGACUUGAUCUACAUGCUAAAUUCUUAACUUUUUUCCAGAAAUUACUCUCUGUGUAGAUUUUAUUUGUAAGUAAAUUGACUGCAUUCUAGGUAUUGUGGAUGAGAUGUUUAAUUUAAAUGAAUUUUUGUAGGCUGUGUUAGGCGCAUGUCUAACAGAUGCAUAAUGUACAGUUUGGGUUUGUUGCCUGUGCACUCUAAAACUGAUUUUGAAUACCAAAAGGUACAGCUCAAAGGCACUUCUGCUAAAGUAUACAUGUCUCUGUAUAUCCCCAUAUCCCUUAAAAAAGCUAAUUCUGUUGCCACUAAUGUACUGCAGUGUGAAGAUUUGGUGCAAAGGCCUCUAAUUGUAGAGGUACCUGUUAAAAAAUUUUAACAUUUCAUACUGUUCUCUAUAGACUGAAUGUUGUUUAAAACCAUGCUAUUAAAGACUCAAGUUGGCAGGAAAAAACCCUUUCUUUUAAUUACUGGUUAUAGCUUUAAAAUCCCCUUGAGUCCACUUCCUUCAUCGUAUGUGAAUGAAAAAGAUUUCCUUUAAGACCAGAUGAUAUCUUAUGGAAAUAACUCUGUAGUAGUUUUAAAUGCUACAGUCAUAACUUGUUGGGGAUGGAGUGCUUAUGGUGGUUUACUAAGGAUAUAUGCAUAAAAGCAGGAGUGUUUUAUCCGAUAAACCUGAAGUUGUAAUUCCUUCUUUGAUUAUCACAAUUGCCUUAACAGCAUUUGUGUGCAAGAUCACUUAGGACAAGAAUAUGAGCCAAGGGCAAUAUCUGUGCAACAAGCCUGAGUUCUGGCUGGAGCUCCUUUGAAAAAUUCUGACAGUGUCAACAAGAAUUCCUUCUGUAGCCUUCUAGGGAGCGUGUGUGUGUGCAAGAGUAUUAGCUCUGCCAGUCUUAGGCAGUAUUGGGGGAAGCUCCUGGCAUCUUCCUCUGUCCAAAAAAGAGCCCUGUCAGCUGCUCAGCAGGCAGGCUGUCUGAAUCUGACCCUUACUGAAGAUAGUGAUUUGAAGUGGAGCAUAAGCCACUGGACCAAUGAACAAAACCCCUGUUUUUAUACAAAUAUACCUAAUGGAGUACAAGAGAAAUCAAAAAAUUAGGAACAGAGUUAACUUUUUUUCUUUCACACAGCAUUAACAUGUCAUGUCUUUGUAGAAUGUUCAAAUUCUGGAUCUAGCUAAUUUUUUUGAAGAGUUAAAACAUUGGCUUAUCAUUCAGCAUUCGUGAAUUACAGUAAAAUUCCCCAGAGUCCAUGCAUAAUCUUUCAGCAUCUGAUAAUGUGUGUCUUGUUCAAGCUUUAGUGGUGUCUGUAUUAUGCAUUCAGGUUCCUUUUGGGUUUAGAGGCUAUGAAAUGGAUAUAAUGGAGUUCAUGGCUUUUUGUUGGGGAGAACUACAAGUUAACAACUGUUAAAAUAAAUUAGAAAAUUAACACUCUACGUAUGCUUUUCUCCUUGUCCAGACCAGCAUGUUUUGGAAAUUUGAUCUCCAUUCGUCAUCCCACAUAGACACACUUCUAGAAAGAGAAGAUGUAACGCUGAAGGAAUUGAUGGACGAGGAGGAUGUUUUGCAGGAAUGCAAAGCUCAGAAUCGCAAACUUAUAGAGUUUCUGUUGAAAUCAGAAUGUCUGGAAGAUUUAGUUUCAUUUAUUAUAGAAGAACCACCUCAAGACAUGGAUGAAAAGAUCAGAUACAAGUAUCCGAACAUAUCUUGUGAGCUUCUUACGUCGGAUGUCUCACAGAUCAAUGAUAGACUGGGAGAAGAAGAGUCCUUACUUAUGAAACUGUACAGCUUCCUAUUAAAUGAAUCCCCUCUCAACCCUUUAUUGGCCAGUUUCUUCAGCAAGGUGCUAAGUAUUCUUAUCAGUAGAAAACCGGAACAGAUUGUGGAUUUCUUAAAGAAAAAACAUGAUUUUGUAGACCUCAUUAUAAAGCACAUAGGGACCUCUGCUAUUAUGGACUUGUUGCUCAGGCUGCUGACUUGUAUAGAACCUCCACAGCCCAGGCAAGAAGUAUUAAAUUGGUUAAAUGAGGAGAGAAUUAUCCAACGGCUUGUAGAAAUUGUACAUCCGUCUCAAGAUGAAGAUAGGCAUUCAAACGCAUCACAGUCGCUUUGUGAAAUUAUUCGCCUGAGCAGAGACCAGAUGUUACAAGUACAGAACAGUUCAGAACCAGACCCGCUGCUUGCGACUCUAGAAAAGCAAGAAAUUAUAGAACAGCUACUAUCAAAUAUUUUUCAUAAAGAGAAAAAUGAAUCUGCAAUAGUCAGUGCAAUCCAAAUAUUACUGACCUUACUUGAGACAAGGCGACCAACAUUUGAAGGUCAUAUAGAGAUCUGUCCUCCAGGCAUGAGCCAUUCAACAUAUUCAGUCAACAAAAGUGUUUUAGAAGCCAUAAAAGCACGACUUGCAUCCUUCCAUGAGCUACUACUUGAGCCCCCGAAAAAAAGUGUUAUGAAGACAACAUGGGGUGUAUUGGAUCCACCUGUGGGAAACACUCGUUUAAAUGUGAUUAGGUUGAUAUCCAGCCUUCUACAGACUAACACAAACAAUGUGAACUUGGAACUUAUGGAGUUGAACAGCAUAGGAGUUAUAUUGGAUAUGUUCUUUAAAUACACAUGGAAUAACUUCUUGCAUACUCAAGUAGAAAUCUGUAUUGCAUUGAUUCUUGCAAGUCCCCUUGAGAGCACAGAAAAUGGCACAAUUACAGAUCAGGACUCCACUGGGGACAAUGUCUUACUGAAACAUCUUUUUCUUAAGUGCCAGUUAGUGGAACGAAUACUUGAAGCAUGGGAAGCGAAUGAGAAGAAACAGGCUGAAGGAGGAAGGCGGCAUGGUUAUAUGGGUCAUUUAACACGGAUAGCUAACUGUAUUGUUCACAGUACUGAUAAGGGGCCAAACAGCACACUAGUACAGCAGCUUAUUAAAGAGCUUCCAGAUGAUGUCAGGGAGCGAUGGGAGACGUUCUGUACAAACUCCUUAGGAGAAACUAACAAAAGGAACACAGUGGAUCUAGUUACUACCUGCCACAUUCAUUCAUCCAGCGAUGACGAAAUUGACUUUAAAGAAACUGGUUUUUCACAGGAUUCUUCUUUGCAGCAAUUUGGCUUCAACGAUGAGAAGUUUGCUGAUCAAGAUGACAUCGGGAAUGUGUCUUUUGAUCGAGUGUCAGACAUCAACUUUACCCUCAAUACGAAUGAAAGUGGGAAUAUUGCAUUGUUUGAGGCAUGCUGUAAGGAGAGAAUACAGCAGUUUGAUGAUGGUGGUUCUGAUGAAGAAGAUAUAUGGGAAGAAAAACACAUUGCAUUUACACCAGAAUCCCAGAGACGAUCCAGCUCUGGCAGUACGGACAGUGAAGAAAGUACAGACUCUGAAGAAGAGGAUGGAACAAAACAAGACUUGUUUGAAUCAAAUACCAAUACAGAGGACAAAAUGGAAGUGGACUUAAGUGAACCACCAAACUGGUCAGCUAACUUUGACGUACCCAUGGAAACUGCACAUGGUGCCAAUUUGGAUUCUGUUGGGUCUGAUGUAUGGAGCACAGAAGAACCUAUGCCAGGAAAAGAAACUGGCUGGGCUUCUUUUUCAGAGUUUACAUCUUCUCUAAGUUCAAAAGAGUCUUUAAGAAGUAAUUCUCCUGUGGAAAUGGAAACAAACACAGAACCAAUGGAUCCCCUGAGUGCAAAUAUAUCUGCACUUGCAACACAGCCAGAGGCCCAAGGAAGUGUUGCUAUGGAGGCCAGUUCAGAUGGAGAAGAUGAUGUGGAAAAUGCAGACAAGGUAACUGAGACAGUAAUGAAUGGCAGCAUGAAGGAAACACUGAGCCUUACUGUAGAUGCUAAAACUGAAACAGCUGUCUUCAAAAGUGAGGAAGGAAAAUUAUCUACCUCGCAAGAUGUUUCUUGUAAAUAUGUGGUGGAGGAGAACACAGAAGCUGUAGAAGAAAAUCCUGCUACUCCACAGCCUGAUAGCAGCAGUCCAGAACAGAGGACUGAUCAAACCCUUUUAGGAGAGGCAGCUGUUAAUGGCCCUGUAUGAUAUGUGAUGUCUGCUGCUGUUGGCUGAAGAACACGAACUGAUAUCCAGGGCUUUUAGUGUUUCUCAAGGAUUUCAUCAAGAGCCUGUCAAAGCCAGUCACUGCUGCACUAAUUUCGCAAGGGAUCAGGACCAGCAACAUUUAUAUUCUAGAUUUUAAGACAUUGUACAGAAAUUCAUAAGUGUAAAAAAUAUUGCACAUUGAGAAAUACCAAUACUUUUUGCGUAUGUUUAUAUUGUAUUGUUCUAAAUAAUGGGUGGCCUGUGAAAUAAGAUCUUGCCACCCAGGUAAUGAUAGUAGUGAUACUAUAGUUAAAAUGGCUGUAAGAAUAGUUUUAUAAAGUGAAUACACAAAUCUAAUGUAUUUGAGACAUAACUAUUUGACAAUUAGUGUGACCAAAGUAUUUAGCAGUUUUCAUACAUUUUUUCACCUUGUAAAAAUAAAAUAAAAUUCAUGUUUCUUCCAGGUUGGCGAAGAAUUGUAGAACUGAAAUGCCCUAUAAAUGUUAUUUUGAUUGUUUUAGCUUACAAAAGUGAUUUAAAUAAGAAUUUUUGGUGUUCAGCAUUUUACAACAGGUUUUUAAUUGGUAAUUGUUUUCUGUAUUGUUUAAAUCAGAUCAAAAAUGUAAGUCUAUUGGUAGAGAUUUUAAGUAUUUAUUACUACAACUUAGGUGACAAAUUGAUGUUACUGUAAAGCCAUAUGUUCUGUUAGUCUUGUUUGCUUGAAACAAUACCUUACAGGUGAAACACUAGAAUAUUUGAAGUGCACAAGGCUUGUUGUGUUUUUUAAAGUGAUUCACCUACCUUUGAACCCAUUCACCGAGAUUUACUUUAAUACCAAGCAUUAUACAAUUGAACAUUUUAGAACAAUCUACAUAUCUAAAACACCAUAAUCCUGUUAGACAAGUCAACUAAGUGAAAUGCCUGUGCUGCUAAUGUAAUUACAGUACGUGCAUUUUAAAAAUAUAUAGUAUUUUUAAAGUACAAAUCAAAAUUUGGCACCUGAGCAUGUUAAUUGUUACUUUCACUGUAUUGAUCUGUGUGAGGCUUUCAUUUGUAAGUUCUAAACCAUUUUUUUUCACAGCUGGUUUGUAUAUAUAUAUAGUGAUUAUGGAAACUAAUUCUGCGUAAUUUAUAAUUUUCUAUGUCAGUAUGAAAUUCCAACAGCCUUCUCAAACAAACAGAAGCAAUAUACUGUAUAUUGCCACAUUGUCUGGUGAAAGGAUUAAAGUACUUCACCUCUUGCACUUUUAGAUGCAAAUCCAUUUUUAUUUCUGUAAUAGGAAGUUAGUCAUUUAUUUUUACAUUGUUUUUGUUUUCCUGACCAGUAUUUAAAGCCAAAAGGAUACUCUAAACAAUGGCCAAUGAUUUAUUUUAGAAAGUGUCCCAAGCAACGUGCCUAAACAUUACAUUGCAUACAGAAAUAAAAAAACAAAUAUAUAAUGGUAUUUAUUUUAAUUCUUCCUGUCUUGCGUUUCAUGCAAUAUAACGCUAGAAUAUCUCCAGAGAGAUUCCAAGUGGUAAACCCCAAGAAAUUACUUGAUCCAUCUGGUGAAAACGGAGGCAAAUAACAAUAAUUUUCAGGAUUAAAAAAGAACCACUGUGUUACUUGUUUGUGCAUAAAUGAUGCAGGAACCCACUCACUUUAAAA